GUCGACGGCGUCGACGCGUCCUCGACGUUGGUGGUGGUGGUGUCGAAGUCCUUUACUACUGCUGAAACAAUUAUGAAUGCGAAAACGGUGAAGGACUGGCUCACGUCGUCGAUCAAGGCCGAUGCCACAAAAGUGGUGAGACAGCACGUCGCCGCGGUGUCGACGCAGAUGCAAUUGACGGCGGACUUCGGCAUCGCGCCGGAGAACGUCUUCGCGUUCGGCGAUUACGUGGGGGGACGCUUUUCCGUGCAUUCGCCUGUUGGGGUAUUGCCUUUGGCGCUGCAGUACGGCAUGGCGCCGUUACGUGAGUUUUUGGCUGGCGCACAUGCGAUGGACCUGCAUUUUAAGUCUGCACCGUUAGAAAAGAACCUACCCGUAUUGCUCGGUUUGCUCGGCCUCUACAACUCGACGUUCCUCGGGUACAAUUGUAAAGCGAUAUUGCCGUACGCCCAGGCUCUACUAAGGUUCGCGGCCCACGUCCAACAGCUCGACAUGGAGUCGAACGGGAAGAGGGUGGCGAUGGACGGGAGUACGUUGUCCUUCGAAGCUGGGGAGAUCUGCUUCGGGGAACCGGGGACGAACGGCCAGCACUCCUUCUACCAGUUGAUGCACCAAGGGAGAGUUGUUCCGGCGGAAUUUAUUGGGUUCAAGAAGUCGCAGGCGCCCGUGACUUUGGCUGGCAAUGCUCUAUCAAACCACGACGAGCUCAUGUGCAACUUCUUCGCGCAGCCCGACGCGCUCGCGGUCGGGAAGGUUUCCGAGGACCCGCACAAGGCCUUCCCGGGGGAUCGACCGUCGCUUUCAUUAUUGUUUGACGCGGUGACGCCGCGGUCGAUGGGUCUGUUGCUGGCCUUGUACGAGCACCGCGUCGCCGUCCAGGGCUGGGUCUGGGGCAUCAACUCUUUCGACCAGUGGGGCGUGCAGCUCGGCAAGGUGCUCGCAAAGGAGGUCGGCAAAGGGUUGGUGGCGAAGUCGACGCAAGGCUUCAACGCGAGCACGGCGGUGCUCAUCGCGGCUUAUAUGGAGCAGUAGCUCGGUUCGGCGGGUAAGGGUCUGUCCAUAUUCAUCGCGGCGAUGGCGCCUGUAUCAUAUUCAUCGCGGCGAUGGCGUAGGAUAGUGCAUAGACGCACUAGGGGGAAGCAGCAUAGCAUUAUCUUUGUGGCCGGGCGGCGGUUUCAGCCAACGCGGCGCCUCGGCUUUCUCGGGCAUUUAAGAACCGCUGUGCCUGCACGAUUCCUAAGCAUCACAAGGGGCCUACGUUGCGAGAUCAUGGAUGGGGUUGAAAUUCCCAAAAUGCCACAGCCCAGGCGGGCGGGCCUCGCUCUCGCUCUUGCGAGCGCGUGCGUUUUCUCAGUAGCCGUGAUCGGCCACACGCAUCCACCCUUCCCCGCGCCGACGGUCCGCCGUCGCGACGAGGCGACGGCCGGCGGGCUCGGCGCGCCGACACUGACGCCGUCGCCCCAGGACCCGUUCAGCGUCUACUGGGCGGAAAUGUUAAACGAGCUCAACGACGACGCGUGGUGGCGCUUCAUUUGUAGACUCGUCGUGCGCAACGGGACGCGCACGUCCUUGUACGUCGAGCGGCAUGCUACGAGAAACUACGCCCAUGCAUUGUACAAUACGGUCUUAUACAACCGCAUGUGUCUCGAGCGCGGCGGCAUCGCGGCCGCGGAGGCGUCGCUGACGCUCCCGGCGUCGCUGGCGAACCAGAGAGGGGCGAUCGAGCGCGAGCUCGGUACGAACAUCAGCCUCACCUUCAGCAGAGCCGCGAAGCAUCCGCCGCCCAUGGCGUACGGCCCCGUCGGCAAGUUCUUCCACGAGGCGCUCGCGCGGCGCCAGAUGGGCCGGUGGCUGCGAGAUCGACCGCGCAGCGUCGAUAAAUGCCCUCACCACUACCACGCCGUCAUCGUGAAGCGCGCCUCUGGAACGCGGCGAUCGCUUGACAACUGGGACGCCGUGGCGGCCGCCUUGACGCGCGUCGGCGUCAAGACCCACGUCAUCGAGCCGGACGCGAGCUGGUCCUGGGACCUCCAGCGGCAGGCGUUGUCGUGCGCUGAUGCGUUAGUUUGUUUUCACGGGGCGGGCUGCGCGAACGGCGUCUGGCUGCGCCGGCCGUCUCUGUUAAUCGAAGUGAAAUCAAGGUGGUUCAGCCCCUGGGGCACGAUCUUCGGCCACGUGGGUGCUGGCUAUAAGACGGUCCACGCCGACCGCCUCGAGCAGACCGACCGUCGGGGCUUCCUGCACCUCAGAACAAAGUACUGGCGGGACGGCCGGUUCCGGUUGUCGGAGGCGGGCAUUCAAUCCAUCGUCGCGGCCAUCGAGGCGCACCGGAACCCCGCGGCGGCGUGGCCUCUCUGGGUCGCUGUUUUUGUCCUCGUCGUCGGCGCGCUCGCCGCGCUGAGUUUUAUCCGGCGAUCGGAGGAUAUCCACUCGCAUCUGAAAUAG